UCCGCGGAAGUGGGAGCGGGUACCUGUCAAAUUCAGGUACCGUCCACAGUCUCUGGUAAUCUCCUUUACUGUCUGCAGUCUCUGGUCAUCCCCUGCAGUGUCUGCAGUCUCUGGUCAUCUGUACUAUGUCCACAGUCUCUAGUCAUUCCCUGUACUGUGUCCGCAGUCUCUGGUCAUUCCCUGUACUAUGUCCGCAGUCUCUGGUCAUCCCCUGUACUGUGUCCGCAGUCUCUGGUCAUUCCCUGUACUAUGUCCGCAGUCUCUGGUCAUCCCCUGUACUGUGUCCACAGUCUCUGGUCAUCCCCUGUACUAUGUCCGCAGUCUCUAGUCAUCUCCUGUACUGUGUCCACAGUCUCUGGUCAUCUCCUGUACUGUGUCCGCAGUCUCUGGUCAUCUCCUGUACUAUGUCCGCAGUCUCUGGUCAUCUCCUGUACUGUGUCCGCAGUCUGUGGUCAUCUCCUGUACUGUGUCCGCAGUCUCUGGUCAUCUCCUGUAGUAUGUCUGCAGUCUCUGGUCAUCUCCUGUACUGUGUCCGCAGUCUCUGGUCAUCUCCUG